UCUAAUGUCUAAUUGAUUUUAUUAAGUAAAAACUUAUGUAUUAAACACUUUACACCAACUAAACAUACAGAUUCGAGAAGCAUGUUAUAAAAUUUAUGUUGUAGAAUUUUUUAAUUAAAAAAAAAUGUAUCAGAAGAAUGUUUUUGUUUAAGAUUAAACGUUUUUAUUUUACAAUACAAGUAUGACAUGUGUACAAACGGUUUGAGUUUAGAUUGGUUUUCUUGCCAAUCGCGCCCAGCUUGGCCCUGCAAACCUUCGGAAAGUUUCCAAUUUCGUUUCGAUUACCGCACAGCUAUUACAAUCGUAUUUCUUGGCUCGUAUCUGUAUUUGCUGUAUUUGCUCGUGUUGAUGACAUACGUAUUGAUCCUGGCACUGUUCUUCCAAACUAAGAAUUUAGAAACAAGACGAUAACCGUCGACAGAAGCGUCGAGAAGUCGUUAUGGAAACGAGUCGACAAACAUCGCCUAGUGGCAACUGUUGUUCCGGUUGUUUAACAUACCCAGCCUGAGAAAAAUCUAUACGAAGUUCGAAGCGUUGAGAGAAUUCAACUCGACCUAAAUGUCCGAACGCCUGGCGGAGCUAGCCCUCCAUUUCGAUGAGUUGAGCCGGCUUCGUAUAGUCGAACCCGAGGUAGCCUCGAAGACAAACGAUCUUAAAGAAGAAUGCAACGAAUUCGUGAACAGCAUCGAAUCGUUUCAAGGGAUCGCCGACGGAUUCAUCGGCAUUAUCGACGGCUUGGCGCAGGAGGUGAACAAAGAAAAGAUCAAAGCUAUCGGGGCACGAAAUCUGGUCAAGUCGAUGGCGAAGCAGAGGGACGCCCAGGAGCAACAGCUUAAGGCGCUACUUCUUGAAAAAUCAACUGAGCUAGAAAGGCUCAGGAUUCAACACCAAUCCCUUCUUAGAACGGAAAGUGUACAAGUAGAACUGUUGGACAGACUGUUAUUAAAUCAAUAAAUUAUGCAAAAUCAUUUUGAAUACA